UAAAACAGGUCGCUUUGAGUAGUUUAACAUCAGUUGCUUUUACAAUUGAAGCUGAAAGCUGUAAAGUUGCAAGAUUAAAAGAUGGCUUGCAAACACUUGAUGAUGGCUCUCUGUGCAGUGGCCUUGUCCUCUUUGGCUUCUGUUAACGGAAAGUAUCGUAUAUCGUGGAUUACCAACGUUGAAACCAGUUCAGGAACCAACCAUUGGGUUGGAUUCGAAGCUUUCAAGGCUGAUGGGAAAACCAAGACCAAGUGGAUGUGGCCAAAGAAAUCUUUCAGCAGAGGCCGCUAUGGAAGUGCCGAAAUUGACGAGCCUAGUAUUGGCGAUAUUGCCAAGGUGAACUUGCAUGUCCAGAAAGUUUGGGGCCAACAUCACCAAGACGACUGGAAUGGAUACCAGGGAAUAAUAUCUGACUAUGAGACCAAAAAAACUUACGAGUUUUGGCCAGGACAUGUGGACACCGAGGGUUACAAGAAGGUCAUCGUUCGAGAGAGGCAAUGCAAGGACAGAUUCAAACCCGGAAGCUGCAUGCCUAAGGGAAGCCAUUGUGGAACGACUAGCAACACAGAAGGAGCUUUCAACAUGGCCAAACAUGAUUUUUAUGCGUGUUUGAAAUCAUGUAACUUCUGCUACCCAGCGGAAAGCGACGAGCCUAAUAAUGAAGAAGCCAGGGAGGAUGCCGAACCAACAGAUGAUGCGGCCCCUGGUGAGCACGAAAAAAAAUCAAAAUCUCACAAUGACAAGAAUGAAGAAUCCAAAUGAAAGUAAACGUGCUUUUGCAAGCAAAACAAACUGACGUCUUAGGAUGUUUUUGUCGAUUAAUAUUGAAAAUGGGUGAAGUUUAGAUCAAAUUGGAAUUAUGAGUUAAGGUUAAAAUGGUCGGAUACUCUAGUAAUAAUGUCAAACCAAUUAUUAAAUUGAGAUUCUCGAUUAAUGAUA